UGACAAGGACUCCGUGGAUAUUCAUGACAACCCACCUCUUCCUGAUAACAUGGUGAAGGAAGAGGAUGACACGCUAUAUUUCAUCUAUGAUGAGGAGGUAGAAGAGAAAGAGAAAGAGGAACUUCCUCCUCCAGAACCAGUCAAACCAGUCAAUGACAGACCUCACAAGUUUAAGGACCACUACUGCAAGAAACCAAAAUUUUGUGAUGCCUGUGCUCGCAUGAUUGUUUUAAACAACAAGUUUGCACUGCGAUGUAAGAACUGCAAAACCAGCAUCCACCACCACUGCCGGUCACACGUGGAGUUCCAGAGGUGUUUUGGUAAAAUUCCUCCAGGCUUCAGAAGAGCCUACAGUUCUCCUCUGUACAGCAGUCAGCAGAAUGCCAUAGUCUCACAGCUGCUGCCCUUUUCGCAGUCAAACUGCACUGACCCUGUGUUUGAGACACUGCGAAUCGGAGUGAUCAUGGCCAACAAAGCGCGUAAGAAAGGAUCAGAGGACAAGAAGAACAUGAUGACGACUGAGGAAGAUGAGUCCCAGCCUAAGCAAGAGGAUGAAGAAGGUGGAAGAGCAAAGCCAGAAGGGGACAAAAGAGGAGACAAAGUUCCUGCAGAUGACAAGAGUAAAAUGCUUCAGCAGGGAAAGGUCGGUGUGUUCAGCCAGUCUCACUACUAUCUGGCUCUCUAUCGCUUCAAGGCCAUAGAAAAAGAUGAUCUGGACGUUCAUGCCGGCGACUGCAUCACAGUGAUAGAUGACUCUAAUGAAGAAUGGUGGAAGGGGAAGAUUGGAGAGAGAACAGGAUUCCUCCCUGCCAACUACAUCAUUCGUGUGCGAGCAGGAGAGAGGGUUUACAAGGUGACUCGCUCCUUUGUUGGCAACAGAGAGAUGGGCCAAAUCACUCUGAAGAAAGACCAGAUUGUGGUGAAGAAGGGUGAGGAGGUGAACGGCUACCUAAAGGUCAGCACGGGACGGAAGCUUGGCUCCUUCCCUGCUAACCUGCUGCAGGAGAUCUGAAGAGGAGCAACAAGAGUUUUGACAGAGUGCAG